AUGGCCAAGAGCGAGGCGCACGUGGAGAAGGCGCUGGGGGGCCCGGCCCCGCCCGCGGGCUGCCAGGAGACGGAGCAGCUGCUCUGCUCCAGCCAGGGCCCGGGCCAGAAGGGGCUGCGCGGCUCCAACUCCUUCUCGGGGACCCUGGAGACGGAGCAGAACGGCCACAGCCUCCCCUACAAGCCCGUGUCCGCCGGGGACCUGGACACGGCCCCGCGCUCGCCCUCCCGGGUCAGCCUGGGCCGGGCGUCCUCCAUCGCCACCAGCAGCGCCCAGGAGCAGGGCCGGCCGCUGGACUACCUGGUGCUGGCCAUCUUCUCCUGCUUCUGCCCCGUCUGGCCCAUCAACAUCGUGGCCUUGGUCUUCUCCAUCAUGUCAAGGAACAGCGGACAGCAGGGGGACAUGGACGGGGCUCGGAGACUCGGGCGCAUGGCCAGAUUGCUCAGCAUAGUCUCCAUUGUCCUGGGAAUCCUCAUCAUUGUGCUCUACUGUUCGCUCAAUUUCACAGUUUUUCAGACCAAUUAGCAUGAAAAUACCUUGAAGAAGAGGAAGACGUCUUUCCUUCCCAGGGUUUUAAUUUUACCCUUGCAGCAACGUUACGAUUUAGAAGGGUGGCCUUAGGCCCAUCUCUUCUGGAGCAUCGUCCAAGGGAGUGCAUGCAUUUAUUUCACAGCCUCUUGGAAAAUGAUUUCAUACCAACCAAAACAACUGGAGAACACAGCAGCUCGACAAGGACUGGGAAAGGGGUUCGAAUCCCAAGCAGAGGUGGAACGGAGGGAGAUCCGCUACCGCACUCCUGAUCAGUAACAAAGAUGGUGGGUAGGAGGGAGAACAUGACAAAAAGGGGACAAGGGGAGAACUUCAUGAUGUGGGUUAUUAAAGAACCCAAAAUUUAAUUUUUUUUAAAAAGGAGAGAACGGGACGUUUUGAGGAAACUUCUUGACAAUUUUGGGACAAAUCCUGUUUUUUGUAUUGCUUAAUUCUCCGUCUCUAUGAAAAAGCUCCAACUGCCAUCGGGAGAUGAAAUCGAUUCAAUGCGGGAGAAAGGAGAGCGCCACUACAGGGGGACAUCGCAUGCACCUUUCUGCAGCUCUGGCCAAAACCACAGCGAAAGGUGGCGGAUCUGGUGGGGGGAUUUUGUAUUUUUGAUGAGAAAAAAAAAAAAGCUGACGACCAUUUGCAUGCCUCUGGGAACGUCCUGCUCCGUGUCCGUUUGUACAAAGCUCUUCUGUCAUUCAAAAGCAUCCCAGAGCUGGGAGGGCAGGGAUUCUGCUGCAUGAGGAAUGCCAGCUUAGCAGGAGAGUCCCGCUCACCCCAACCCCAUGCUGGGGCUUUUAUGGCAGGAAAAAUCUCUUCUCUUUGGAACAAUCCAUUUCUACCUCCCUGCACCCCAGCGAGGGAACGUUUGUGCAGUGGGAAUGUGAGGUAGCAGCGGUGCCCAGGAAGGGAGAGCAGAUUCUGUCCACUUGAGCAUGUAUACCAUGUCCAUCAUGGCUGGAGCUGAAGGCCCAAUCCAGAGCCCAUCACAAUCUCCGCAAAGACACCUACUGGCCUGGAGGGGAAAUUUCAAAGGCCCCAAGGGGAGUCUCUCAUUGCACCCUCGCUCCCCUUUGACAAUCCCCCCAAAUGCCUGGUUUAGCCCCACUUCAGCUGUAACCACCCACGCAUCUGGGCUAAGCUCCACGAAAGGUCAGUUUUUAAGUGUGUUAUAUACAAAUAAUGGACUUCUGCUCUGCAGGGUUCAAAAUCUUUGCCCAUGGCCUUCCCCUCACCUUCCACAACACGGGUUUCACUGCUUGGCAUUUCCCAGCAGCUCAGAGCCUGGGAUUUUCCUCACGGUCCCUUCCCUGGCCUCGUGCCAUACUUCAUUGCCUCUUACUCUGCCUGGGCUUGGUGUGGCUGCUUGAAACAUACUACGUUCUGCUGCCCGUCUUGUGUGACAUUUCAUCUCGUGAGGUUUUACUGAUGGCUUUGGGCCAACUGAUCCCUGAUCUCCUAUUGGUGUGUUUGCAAACUCACCUAUGGGGGUUAUACGAGAGCUGCCACUGGGCACACACUGACCAUUCCAUCAUCCACAUCUUACCCAGCCACACCCCUGACGGCUCUGCGAACCCAGGCAUUGCCAAACCUUGGCAGAGUACCACACUUUUCCUCCCUCACACCCCUAGUAGCAAUUUUGAGUCUCUUAGGAAGCUCUGAACCAAACCCGCUGGCACUUAGCUGAGAGAAUUCCCUUGCCACCCAUCUCUGUGCUCCUCAUUAAUAUGUUUUCUUUUGCUAGGCUGGCUCAGAACCUCGGUGACAACCACACAAUUCCCUGGGUACACUAGCAACAUGCUUCUCUGGCUAGAAGCAAUUCUUAGGAUGCAGAACCAUUUGACUUUUUGCUACACUACCCUGCUUUCCCCUGCUAUGUUUCCCCUCAUCUUCAGGCUUCAGCUCCUCUCUCCAGCUUCUAGAACACAGCCCAACUCUUCUGCAACAUCCCUCUUGUUUUCUGACUUUCAGUGUUUGGCGCUUAGGGAGAGCACUGGGAGUUUAAGCAAGGAGGGAGUUGAGGGACAGUAGCUUAACUGCACUCAAGCGUGUUUUGAUUUCCCUUUUCACAUUUCAUGCAGAAUAGCUUCUCGCUGAGCAAUGCCUGAUGCACAAGGUGUAAAUACUGAGAUAGGCAAAUACUUCGUCCAGCAACCCAUCAGAAACCUUGGUUGGCCACUUAAGGGGACAGACGGACUGUUAACAGGACUGCACAUGGUACUUUCCCAUGCAGAUCCCCAUAAUCAGCACGUACAGUUCACAGAAUGUGCCUUUCAGGUUCAUUAUCUCCUUUCUGACCUGGAUAAUGACACUGCUGCCUCAUCAGGCAUCUUCCUGUCCUUUGCUCCCUGGCCCAACCCACUUGCAACUGACAAACUGCUUUUUGGGAGUGCUUAGAAAUCACAACAAAAAGCCUUCUGGAAUGGGAAGAAGUGACACUGACGGAAAACUGCAGUAAUGAGUUACAAUCCCUUGCAACCAAACAUUUAUUAAAUAAGAAUUUAAAUGCUACUUUAUAAUUAUAUAGCGCCUCUCCUCGAGGAGCGUGAAGCGCUUUACCAAAAUGAACUAACCCACCCUCGACCCCCAUGUGAGGUAGGUACCGGAUAUUGUACAGAUGGCAAAAUUAUGGUAUAGGGAAGUUAAAUGACUUGCCCAAGGAGACAGACUGUAGCAGAGCUAAGAAGAGAAACUAGUUAUCCUGUCUCCCAGUCCCCAGAAGACCAUCCUCCCUCUCAAUUUAUGUAUAUUUUCUUGGUAUGGAUUUUACACACACUGCACUUUCAAAAGGGAAGGUAGAAAUACCUGUCAUUGCUUCCUUAACCAUGAAUGGUCCCCCAUGGGCAGCUGCCAUUUGAAUGAUCCUCUACAGAAGACAUUCCAGUCUGACGAAGCAGACUGGGACAGAGAAAGCAGAAUUAAUUUGAAUGCAUGAGAAAGGAAGAGCUGCCUUAGAAAGAAAAUUGCAGUGAUAAUGUGUUGCAUGCAUCCAAAUGGGAUUUGCUCUCUAUCUUACCCUACAUCAUCAGGCUGUGAGGACGACAGCUUCCUGCCUCACUGUUAAAUAUAAUAAAAAAGAAAAAUGAAGACACUGACGUUCCUUCAGUGAUUUACUCUUCUAAUUAGACACACUGAUUAGAUUCUUUUACACUACUCUACACUUUAAAAGCCAUCUCCUUCGUUCGCGUCUUGUGCUUAGAUCCAGUCAAAAGUCUCCAGAGAGCAUUGCUCUAUUCAAUCACAGUCAUACCAUGUAACCACAAUCCAUGAAAGCAUGGCAGUCGGGGAAGAGGACCAAUACACUAAUGCACCAAGCUGCGGUUAAGUGGCUUCCUUUGCUCAAUAUUUCCAUUCACAUACACUUUGUUGUCCCACCCUAAAUGCCUCCUCUCCCUCCUUGGGAUUUACAGAUUUCAAAUACCGUUACUCAGUUAUGCCCCAUCCUUAGUCACCAUUUAGCUAGACUCUGUGUGUGUAUAUUUUUCUCAGAAAUUGCCCCUUAAUCAUUCCUGAAUUCUUUCCAGUUUCAGGAUUUAUCUGUUGCUGCUGAGUAAUGAUGGUUGAACCUAAAACUGUUCAGAGUUUCCAUCUGGAUAAGGGCUAGGAGCACCAGGAGAGUGGUUCUCUGGGGAAAGGUCCUGUCCUUCCUGCUAACAGUGGCCAGGAGAAUACCCUGGGCAUGGUGCAGAGGUUUGAUUGGGGUUCAGUAUGAGUUUGUACUUAACGAGAAGCAUUUGGCUCAUCCCUGGAGCUGCAUGCAGUAGCAUAGAAGCAGGCUCCCUGGUACUGUCUAGUGAGGGAUUCACUCCUCUCUGCUCUGCAGCAUGAUGCUUCUGCAUCUGCAGCCCAGAACUGUAUGGACUUUUCUGCCACUCUCUCAUGGCAAGCUGCUAUCCAUUUCGCUGUUUGCUCUCACUCAUGGGUCAUUUAGCAUUUCCAUUUUCCUCCUUCCAUUCUCCCAUGGGAUCUUUGUUUUGGAGCGGUUCCCCCUUCCCCCGACAUGCUAGCUUGCAUUUGUUCAGGAAGAAUCUCUUUUUCAACCCCUAUUUCUCCCUCUUUUCCUGCCCUGACUCAUGUCACAAUAGUGCGUGAUGGCGUCAUGCCCAAGACAUGGCACCGAAUGCCGUAACUAAGACUCUGCUAAGUAUACUUCCUCUUUCCCUUAAUAUCUGCAUCACCAAGUGCGGCCGCAGGGAAUUACAAGGACCUACAUAUUUUGAGGACUUAACAAAACAACAAUGGGAAAAACCCAAAAUAUUUUCAGGUGUGCUGAGAUAUACUGCUGCUGAUUGAGGAAUUAUCUAGUUUGAUAGCGCGUUCUCAUACAAUCCACCUUGUUUUCUGCAUCCAACCACCACCGACUCACUAGUUCCACUGAGUUCACAUAACAGAGGAAGACGAUCACAAACUAGGUAGAUUUGCUCCCUACACACCCACCCUUAUGACUCUGUUCUUUGUUAACUUGCUGCUGCCGCAGCCCAAGCACACACAGCUGGCACAGUCACAGGUAUACGGGCUAUGAAAUCCUCAGGGUUUGGUCCAGUCUUUAAUUUCGCACUCAAAAUUCAAACCCAGCCUACAUUAAGAGAAGCUCCCUACUCCAGACGUCCUUGCUUGAAUCCACAUGAAUCCCAGGGGGUAGAGGCAGACGAGCCGAAUGGUUUCACCUGCUGUUGGGAUGCUGGUCCUAGGGAUGCUACGAGGAAGGUACUAGCUCGCUGCGAGGUCCAGUGCCAUUGGGCAGAGAAGCAAUUCUGGUUUUAUGUCAGUGUGCUGUCAGGACAGGGCAGCUUGGUUCCAGUUACUUGUUCACUGUCAGUUUCACGGACAGAUGCUGCAGGAGAGGCUAGAUGGUUGUAGCACAAACAGAGGGAAGAAAUGUGAAAUUUGGCCCUGUGAAAAUGGAAGAGCCCCAGUGACUGGGUUAGCGAGUCCAGCCCUAGUGCUAGAGUGUCAGACGCCUGGCGAGGAGAGAGCUGGAUUCCACAUCUAAUUAUGGUCUGUUGGCCGGGAUCUGAAUUCAGGACUUUAUACUCCCAGAUCCACAGCAGGUUCCUCACUGAUGGCACUGGGAAGUUUGCAUGAGGAUCCCAGCCUUCAUGUGAUGAAUUAUUCACAUUCCCCUUAGCGUCUCAUUCACUGUCACUCUGGGGGGGAGGGCGAGAUCUGCCGCCCCCUAAGGCCGCUGCUCUUUCUGCUCUGUGCUUUAAUUUCUUCCCAUCUAUCCUCUCUCUGCUUCGUUCCCUCCCCCCUGCCUGUGCAAGUCUGCUCCGGUCUUCCCUCUGCAGUUCCAUGCCUGCCUCAAUUCCCAAGCCCCAUGACCUUCACUCCCACUUUCCUGUUCCAGCCACUAAACUGCCCAGCAACGGAACACAUCAUGUUGACAACAAAGUGUCAUCGCUGGGCUUUACAUUGAUGCUCCAAUGAGAUUAACAGGGCACAGGGGAGUUCAUGCCUCAGAGUCAUUGGUUUCAGGCUGUCUGCAGACUCAGGCAGAUAUUGCAUCAGGUACCCUUCCAAAUGUGAACCGAGUUUCUCUGUGCAUCCAAGAGGGCUAGAAACUUACUUGUUUGUGAAAAUUAAAUCUUAGAUUCUGCAUAAUCUGAAUAUGUGAGGCCACCUGCAUGAAUACACAGGUGGGCUCAAUUUGGGCCAUAUAUUUGGCAUCUUUGCCUUAGUCUAUGUAAGUUGGUCCUUACAGCGUUAUGGAACCAGUCAUGGCUCAAUAAUUAUGGCUGAAAUCUGCAAUCCUGCUUUAAGCCCAUUUUUUACAAAUAUACUUGUUCGUUAAAAACACAACCAAGUUUAGCCUGAAAAUUCACAUGCUUGGCUUCAAGCCAAGGCAGAAAAACCUUUUCAAAAAGUUGUAGCAAGCCUUUUUUAAAAAUAAUUUUUAAUUAGCUGGUAAUGAAAAUCGUGUAUCUAUAUACAUAAUCAUGACAAGGAACUUGAGAAACGGAAAACACGGUUCACCAUGCCAAUCUGAUAUCCUUUCUGAGCAGGGACCCUCUGUUUCAGGCCUUUUUACAUGAAGACAAAAAACAGAUCCUUUACAAUGAAGCGCAGGGUGUAUUCCCCAUUGUCACACUCCCAGGUUCAUCCUGUUCUGAAGCCAAACUGUCUGGAUCAUGCUUUGUACCGGUUUACAGACUGAUCCUUACAAAUAGCCUUGACGUAACUGGAAUUCCAGCUUGGAGCUCCUUUUUGGUGAUGUUUCCUUUUCUGUCGGAUGCCGCGAUGUAUCUUAUAUACUUUCCUUUGUAUUUCUUGGCAUGAGAACAAACAAUAAAAUGUA